UUCUUCCAUCAAGACAGGCAGACAGUUCCGUGGGCACCAGAACCACACCCCUUCCCGUUCAGACGCGGCGGAAGAUCGAAUCGGCCGCGCACGGCGAUGGCGACGACUCCACCGCCGCCGCCGCUUCCUCUCCUCCUCCUUCCCCUCCUCCUGCUCGCGGCCUUCUCCGCCGCCGAGGAGUUUCCGCGCGACGGGAAGGUGAUAGACCUGGACGACAGCAACUUCGAGGCGGCCCUCAGCUCCAUCGAUUUCCUCUUCGUCGACUUCUACGCGCCAUGGUGCGGCCACUGCAAGCGCCUCGCCCCCGAGUUAGAUGAAGCUGCACCGGUGUUGGCGGGAUUGAGUGAGCCCAUCAUGGUUGCCAAAGUAAAUGCCGACAAGUACAGGAAGCUUGGAUCAAAAUAUGGAGUGGAUGGGUUCCCUACUCUAAUGCUCUUUAUACAUGGGGUCCCUAUUGAAUACACUGGUUCAAGGAAAGCUGACUUGCUUGUCCGCAAUCUUAAGAAGUUUGUUGCGCCUGAUGUUUCUACUCUUGAGUCGGAUUCUGCAAUCAAGAGCUUUGUUGAGAAUGCCGGCACAAGCUUUCCAAUGUUCAUCGGUUUUGGGGUCAACGAGUCAUUGAUUGCUGAAUAUGGAGGAAAAUACAAGAAAAGAGCAUGGUUUGCCGUCGCAAAAGAUUUUUCUGAGGACUGGAUGGCGACAUAUGAUUUUAAUAAGAUCCCAGCAUUGGUUGCAGUUCAUCCAAAGUAUAAUGAACAAAGUGUGUUCUAUGGCCCAUUUGAAGGACGUUUCUUGGAGGAUUUUGUAAGGCAAUCGCUGCUGCCUUUGACUGUCCCCAUCAACACCGAGACAUUGAAAUUGCUGGAUGAUGAUGACAGAAAAGUUGUCCUCGCAAUUUUGGAGGAUGACUCGGAUGUAAAUUCUACCCAGCUGGUAAAAAUUUUGAGGUCUGCUGCUCAUGCGAACCGUGAUUUGGUGUUUGGAUAUGUUGGAGUCAAACAAUGGGAGGAGUUUGUGGAGACUUUUGAUGUUUCCAAGAGCUCACAAUUGCCAAAGCUGCUAGUGUGGGACAGAAAUGAAGAGUAUGAACUAGUGGAGGGUUCAGAGAAGUUAGAAGAAGGCGACCAAGCAUCCCAAUUAAGCCAAUUCCUUGAGGGAUAUAGAGCAGGGAGAACAAUAAAGAAGAAAGUCAGUGGCCCUUCCUUCAUGGGUUUCAUGCACUCUCUUGUCAGCAUGAACUCAUUAUACAUUCUCAUGUUUGUUGUUGCUCUUCUCGGUGUCAUGAUGUACUUUACUGGCCAAGAUGAUACUCAGCCAAGACGGGUUCAUGACGAGUGAUAGCUUCUUGCAUGAAAAGAAGGUUACCAACCAGGAGUUCUAGCUCGGAGGUCGUAUUGCCACCUUUGAACUGUUGUUAGCCCUGAAGAGGUCAGGUUUUAGCGGUUGCUUGUGAUAUUCGCCGUUUCUCUGUCAGCAAUCAUCAGGUCCUGCAUUUUCUCUGCCCCCGUUUCUGUUUGUUGGUUAGAGCUUAGCAACUAGCCCCCAUGUAAAGCUAGAAACACUUCCUAAUUUUGCCACUUGUGUGGAGUUUUUAUUUAUUUUAUUGCGAGGGUUAUAUGGUGUAUCAUACUCUGCCAAACUUUUGUACAACUGAACUGAUACAAGUAUUAAUAAUGUGUGAAUUGUGAUC